AUGUCUUCGGCUGGUGAUGGCACCGCAGUGAAAGAUAACAUCCCCAACUCCACACCAGCAAAAGAUCACCGUCUUGUAAUUGACGGCCUCAGUCUACAGAAGCUCGAUAAACUUCAGUCCGUUGUCAUUGACCGCUUGGGUGGCGGUGGGUUUGGUGACUGGUGGGUUCACGGACACAAGUCCAGCAACGACAACAGACACCUCGCCCUAGAAGAAGUCUUCGCACUGAAGCGCGCCAUUGAGGACCUCAACACAACUUUGACGCAGCAAGGUCGCGCUCCGGAACUCCUCGACAAGGAAAUCAAGGCAAAUUCGAAGGCUGCCGUCACCAUGAACACGAAGACGAAAGAGACCAUGCGCAGUCUUGUCGCUCAAGAAAUGGAAAGCAAGAUGCGCGACAUCAGCAUCAAGACAGAGCGUAUGGAGAACCGCCAGAUAAUCUUGGAGAAAGAGAACAAGGACCUCCGCGAAGCCCUCGCAUCACUUGGGGCUAAGAUCAAGAAGAAAUGUGACACCCAGGCAGCAAAUAACAACCAAGAGAUUCGCGAGAUGCAGGAAGCCUUCGACAAGAUCAAGCGUGAAACUGGGGAAGCUCAAACCGCUUCCCAGGAGGCAAUACUUGCAAUCAAGCGUGAAACUGAAGAAGCUCAAAUCGCUUCUCACGAGAGACGACGCGCAAUCGAAAAAACUUCAGCCUUGCUCAAGAAGGAAGUCUCGUCCAUAUACUGGAAUCUUGCCGAUCGAGUCGAGGCAAAGUUAGAAAGCUUGGACACCGACUUGAAGAAGACUAAGCAGGAUUUGGUACUUGCGAAUCGCUUCACGGUCUGGGUGAUCGAGAAUAUUUCGAUCCGGGGCAAAUUCGUGGACGAAUGUCUUGCCGCUAUUCGAGAGAAGGUGAAAUGGAAGAAGCCUGCAGAACCUCGAUAUCCACACUACCAAGAUCCCAAGUACAAGGAAGAUCACCCUGAUGUGUGA